GAUGCUCGCGCAGAGUGCCGCAAGGUGAACGAGUCGCGAGACGUGUAUAGUACGAUGUCAUGAUUCUCCAUAUCGAACAAGUGUCUUCAGUGUCGCGAAAUAUCGCGCAUUAUAUAUCGAUCGCAUCGAGAUUUUGAAUUGGAGCGUUUGUUGUCAUUAGCGCUAUCGCGAUUUACGUGACAAAGAACCAAAGUGGUAUCGGCUGCUGAGAGAUGCUCGUGCCGCGGACGAUAUGUAUUUCUUCAUACGUGCGAUAAGUGCGAUUUCGGUAACGGUGCUAAAAUCGUCGUGUGCAACGAACGAUUAGUCGGAGCGAGGCGACUAUCGCACGCGCGUCGCUUUGCGAUCGGUGACAGGAUCGAGGAAGAGAGACCAGGACGCGGCGAUUCGCGUGACUUGAAGAUCCGUCUCCGGUACGCGAUCACGAAAAUCGAUGUUUUCCGUGACGCGCGUUUAACGGGAACGCAGUGCGGCGCAGGAAGUACUCCAGUUUCGUUGCGGUUUGCAAACGCGCGCUCGACUCGGAGAAAGGUGCAGUCUGACGAUUAGGCGGAAAUUCCGGUUGGAUUCGUUCGAGCACUUCGCGGGGCUGAGCAGUAAAUUCCCGAGAGAGCGAAAAGCACGAAGUGCGUAAAGUGGAGUGCCGCCGCGUUCGCAGCAGAUUCGUUCAAGGGAGACUUCAAUGCGUGUAUAAGACACGUCCGGAUUCACCGGAUAUCGAUUCACGCCUAGGAAAUGCCUGCGUUGAAGCUCUUUGGGCGAAAAUGGUUGGCCGCAACCGACGACCUUGUGUAUCCCGGCUUGUUCGAAUUAUUUAUCCGUAUUGUAUGGUUAAUUCUUAUAGGGAUCGCCUGCGUAAGAUACUACGAGGAUACGUGGAAUUGUCGGUUGGGAGGUGAAUUAGUGCGCGUGUAUCUGCUCGGCGAAGCGAUCAUGCUCAGCAUCGUCACGCUCUUGAUACUUAUUAUCAUCAGACAUAGCGCAAGAGGGACUAUCAUGGACACGCAUGCUCGACGCUACGUCGAACCGCUUCUAAUAAUCAAGAUAUUGAUGUUGCUGCCAGAGAUUGGAUGGAAUGUCUUAGGCACCAUGUGGAUUUUCGGGCAAAGCGUAGAAUGCAAUCUUGCAACCUAUUCCAUCACCGUCGUCGAAGCUCUGGUAUUCUUCGACUGGAUUCUGAUCGGUCUCAGUAUCUUCGGUCUUGCCCUAGUGUUCGAUCCGAUCGGUUCUCUGGAGAAACGGCAGUUGGAGAAUUCCGUGGAACACGGCAAAAUCUCACGCAUCUGGUUACGCAGAUUCAAAUUCCUGUGGUGGAUGCGCAAGGACGAGAGCGCGAAUGAGACUUUUCAACAUGUCGCUGGUCUUUUAAGUGCAUUAUUCCGCGGUACUGAUUUGGUUCCCUCAGAUGUAGUAGCCGGAUGCAUCUUACUCAGAGUCCGACAGAAACGAGAAAUUCACGAAUUGCGAAAGUUAAAUUUAAUAACGCGUCCAAAGUAUACUUCAGACAGCAGCGCGAUCUUCACGGACACACCUAGUUGGAUGUCCUUGAAAGCUGCUCAUCACUUCCUACAAUUAUCGAUCGCUUCUUAUGGCUGGCUUUUCGUAAUAUAUCAGCAUUUGUGUACUGGAUGUUUUCGCUUAAUACGAGGCAUGACGUGCUGUGCUUGUUUCCGACGAAAGCGUAACAUUAUUCUGGACGAUAAUUGUUGCCUUUGUUAUCUUUCUGGCAUUAAAUACUUAUCGAAGCUGUCCGAAGAGGAUAUUCUGUUUGCUUCUUUAAAAAAUCAUUUGUGCGAAAUACCAUUCUGUGUAAUUGCGGAUCAUAAAACUGCUAAUAUCGUUGUAAUUAUACGAGGAUCAUUAUCCUUGCGAGAUUUAAUCACUGAUAUUGCAGCCGCAUCCGAUUCAUUCGAAUGUCCUGGCCUUCCUCCAGAUAGUACGGCACACAAAGGUAUGAUAAUAGGAGUAAAAAUAAUUUUGAAGCAACUGGAAAACUAUAAAGUCUUGGAAAGAGCGUUCGCCACAUAUCCUAAUUAUAAUCUAACGAUCACAGGUCAUAGUUUAGGAGCUGGUUUAGCGAUUCUUUUGGGAUUAAUGAUACGUCCCCGUUAUCCGGAUUUGAGAGUCUAUGCAUUUGCUACACCUGCUGGCCUGCUCAGCAGAGAUGCUGCUAGAAUUACGGAAGAAUUCGUGUUAACUGUUGGACUCGGAGACGAUCUUGUAAUGAGGCUCAGCGUGGACAGUAUAGAAAAUUUAAGGACUGCAUUACUAGGAACUCUUCGGGCUUGCCGAUUACCUAAGUAUAGAGUGGUUCUGAAUGGGUUUGGAUACGCUUUAUUUGGAAUUCCCGAGAAUGAUUUGAGUAAAACAUGGACCAAUUAUGACAUAAUUACUACUCCAGGCCAAUCACCUUUACUCAUCAAGUCUAAUGAUGUGAAUAAAAUAAUAGAACGUGACAUAACUAAAAGAAGAUAUUCGAAAGAACAAUUGUUUAAUGCCGGCCGUAUUCUUCAUAUAACAAGGUGCAAACUAGAAAAGACAGAGGGAAAGAGCAAGAAACAGCUCGCAAAAGAGAGAAAAUACGAAAUGCGAUGGGCGCAAGCGGAAGAAUUUACGAAAUUAUCGGUGAUGCCACGUAUGCUUUUAGAUCAUUUGCCAGAGAACAUUGAGCUGGCAUUAGCCACGUUACUGGAGCAACAGAAUGAUAUACCCUAUUACUUCGAUCCUUAGUGUAAUCUAAUAAAAUGACUUUAUAAUUUUAAUAAAAAAUAAAAA